AUGCUGCACCUUCGACAUCAUCUCCUGUCCUCCAUCCGCGCGGCGUUCCCUCGCCACCGCUGCCUCCUCUCUACCGCCACCACCGCCACUUCUCCCUCCCGUUUCGUCGUUGAGGAAUACCUGGUCACCACCUGCGGGCUCACCCCAGCGCAAUCGGGCAGGGCCUCCAAGGGGCUCACCCACCUGAAGUCUCCGGUUAAACCCGACUCCGCCCUCGCCUUUCUCACAGGCGUCAGCCUCGCCAAAGACGACAUCGCCGCCAGAAUCGUCAGGUACCCGAGGCUCAUCUGCUACAAGGUGGACAAAACCCUAACCCCUCGCUUCGCUCAGCUCAUCAGCAUUGGGCUAUCCCCUCCCCAAAUCUCCCGCCUCAUUGCCAUCGUCCCCAACAUCUUCGUGGCUCCCAAAAUGAUUCCCCGCCUCCAGUUCUAUCUCUCCUUCUUGGGUUGCUUCGAUUUGCUGCACUCCGCCAUCAAGAUCAAUCCGAUCCUCCUCGGUUGGAACCUUGAGGAUGUGCCCGAGGAUGUUAGGGAAAUGGUGGCAUGUGCUAAGAAGCUUGGUGUGCCGCGCAAUACAAGGAUGUUCAAGAGCACCAUGUGUGAUGUCCGUUGUGUUGGUCCCAACUCCAUUGGUGCAAAAAUGGAUGUCAUGAAGGCGACUCUUGGAUGCUCCGAGGCGGAGCUGGCCAUUAUGAAGUUUAUUGAUCCUUACAACAAGAGUAUUGUAGGGCUUGUAGAUGCUUAUGCUACUGCUUGUGCUGGGAAAAUGCCUCAUGAAGAUGAGGUGCAUUCGCAGCAGCAUGCUAGGGAUACUGAGAAGCAAAGGCUAAAGAUAGUCGGUCCAGGUCUUCUCUGCCUAUAA